UAACACGGCUUUAGCGGCGCGGCGCGACAAAAGCGCGACCUCGCCAUGAUCGGUGUGUCAACCAUAGAUUCACAAAUUCGGAACCUCAGUCACGGCCAUUGAAACAUUCAAGGCCAUGGUAUUGUCAUAGCUCCAAAUCAAAAGGCUAUGCCGCGUCUCUCCAAUGGGCUCCUACGACAUGCGUUUACGAUCAAUCCGUUGCUGCCUCCUCUCCUGAGGACGUGUCGGACUCUGCCAUCUGCGCACAACGAGCUGCGGUGGCUACGGCAACAUGUCGAUGCGAGACUCGAAACAAAGUUCGGCAGGAAGAAGGACGUACCUGCGCCAUUGCGGCAGCGAUGCAUCGUGAACCUAGUUAAGAAACGGGCUCGAGGAGUACCGCUGCAGUAUAUACUGGGCUCGCAGCCAUUCGGGGACCUGGACAUCUUAUGCAGAAAAGGCGUUCUGAUCCCACGACAAGCAACAGAAGAAUACACCUACCGCCUCUCCUCGAUUCUACUCUCCACGCCGUCCCUCCGCACGGAUCCAAAACAAAUCCGCAUCCUCGACCUCUGCACCGGCACAGGCUGCAUCCCCCUCCUCCUCCUCUCUCUUCUCUCGCCUACCCUCAAAACAACAGUAACAGGGAUCGAUAUCUCCCCCACGGCACUCGCCCUGGCCCGCCUCAACACGACGCACAACUCGCCCCCUCUCUCCAGUGCGCACGCGCGCUUCGCUUCCGGCGAUGUCCUGGCUUCUGGCGCCGCGUUGUUGGAUGAAGCGCACCGCGCGCGUGGGGACGAGGGAUGGUACGGCGAUGAGAGGUUCGAUGUCGUGACUGCGAAUCCGCCGUAUAUCUCGCGCUUGGGGUUUAAUCGGGAUACAGAGCGAUCUGUGCGGAACUUCGAGCCCCGGCUUGCUCUCGUACCGGAGGAGGAUAGAAUUGGUAGAAUAGACAAAGGGAGGCUAGAGGAUAUAUUUUAUGGGAGGAUUGUGGAGAAGGCGGAGGGGGUGGGAGCGAGGAUUUUGGUUAUGGAGGUUGCAGGAACCGAGCAAGCAGGGAGGGUGGCAAGGAUAGUGAGAGGGAGGAAGGGGUGGGGGAAGAUUGAGAUCUGGAGAGAUUUUCCUGACGGGGUGGUGGGUGAGGAAGGAGAGGGGAGAAUUGGAGGAGAUGAGGGAAUUGAGGGAAGAGGGGUAGUUGGAGAAAAGGGGGAACUCGUAGAAGAUAUUGUGUUCCGUGGUGUGGGUGAGGGGAGAUCGGUGGUCUGUUGGCGGGCCGUUGGGGAACCCGCGUCCGAGUCAAGAGGGGAUAUUUGAUCUGAUGCCAUACACUGCAAGAGCGGAAGCCGAUUGAGAGCGCUUUUUGGAUUCAGCACGCAUCCCACUAGAUCGUCAGAUAAGGGAAUUCCCACUUACCGUCCCACCGAACGACGCUAUUCUAUCGCCGCCUCAGAACCGUGCGUAUGCUGCCGCUGCAUUCCGUAACUACAGCCAGCCAACUCGGUACCUAGAUCUUGGGCCGACGCGGACAUUGAACUAGCGUCUCGGUUGGCCGGAAACUGGAUCGUCUAGACUGCGCUAAGAGCGAUCGACUGGGCUGACAAAGUGUGGGGUAAGAGCGGCCGGAGCUUGUGAGCUGGCGCCACUGGAUGUCGGCGAGCGGGGCUGCGUGCGACGACGCCUUGGUGGGUGCAGAUGGUGCAGAUCGAGUUUGGUUGAUCGUCUCGUGGGGGAUUUGGAUUUUGGAUUUUGGAGUUUGGUAGGAUUAUUCAGUUGCCGGUGGUUCCUGCUCCGAGAUCUUCUGGUAGAUGGUUAUUGGCCGAGCUGUUUGGUUAUUCGUACUCUAGAUGAUUCAACGGGACAGGAUCUUUCUGAUACGGACGGCGACAGCGGCUUACUCGAAUUAAUGAGGAGAGGGGUAGGGGGUACGCAGUGAUUAGAAGGUGCCAUGCACAACCCACGACAACCCACCUAUAGCACCACAAUUCUGAGGAAAGGGCGGCACUUUUUAUGACAGAUUGUGCGUUUCGUGUACCAGUUGUAGAUGGAUUCGUAGAGCCAGGACGGGCAGGUACGUAUCACAACGGAGGGGAAAGCGGAAAGCGGAUGGGACACGGUGAGGUGUAUAAAGACGGAUGCCCCCCCAUUCGAACUUCUUCCUCUCUC